AUGCUGUCAAGUCGAGCAAAAAAGGCACUGAUUGAAUGGAAGCCAAUCACUGAGAGACUAAUGUAUGCCAGAUUCCACACAUCAACCAUUAAAAUAAGUAUCAUCACUGUAUAUGCACCGACCAACGAUGCUACAGAUGAAACAAAAGAAAGCUUCAUAGAACAGCUAGAUAGAGUCAUAGCAGGAACACCUAAACAUGACAUCCUAUUAGUAAUGGGAGAUUUUAAUGCAAAGGUUGGAAUGAACAAUGACGGUCACGAAAACAUCAUGGGAAGGCAUGGAAUAGGGAGAAGAAACGAAAAUGGAGGAAACCUCCUUGAUAUUUGCCAAAGGAACAACUUAGUCAUUACUGGCACAAUCUUUCCACACAAAGACAAACACAAAGUAACAUGGAUAUCACCAAACAAGAAAACAGAAAAUCAAAUAGACCAUAUCCUGGUUACAAGACAACACAGAACAUCAAUACUGGACACAAGAGCUAUGAGAGGAGCAGACAUUGGCAGCGAUCACGAACUCCUCAAAUGCAAAUUAAGAAUCAAACUUAAGAAAUACAAAAUAGUAACAGAUACUUCAAGAAAGAGAUUCGAUACCACAAAACUACAAUGUCCAGAAAUAAGAAAAGCAUUUUCAAUCGAGUUGAAGAACAGGUUCCAACUCUUAGACGAGCUAGAGGACAUAGAAACAUUCUGGGAAGGUAUAACAAAAUGCUAUAAAGAAACAGCAACUAACACCCUAGGUUUCAAAGAGCGUGGACAAAAGCCCUGGAUCUCCAAUGAGUCAUGGAAACUUGUAGAUGAGAGAAGACAACUAAAGGAAAGAACUAACAGCAGUAGAUCAGAACGAGUUAAGAACAACUUACAUGCCAAGUACAGUGACAAGGACAAGGAGGUGAAGAAAAGUAUGAGAAAUGACAAAAGGCAAUGGACAGACAACUUAAUAGAAGAAGCAGAAAAAGCAGCAAGCAAUGGCAUGAUGAAAACUGUAUACGAAGUAACAAGAACAAUUUGCAAUGAAAAACAGAAACCACCUCAAGUCAUCAAAGAUAAGUCUGGAAAUCCAUUAUCUAGCCAUGAUGAAAAACUAAAAAGAUGGAAAGAACACUUUCAAGAAGUCUUGAACAAACCUGAGCCUGAAAUACCAUUUAACAUCAAUUUAAACUAUGAAAUCGAGGAAAGAGGUAUAGAUACAGGUCCAAUCACGAAAGAGGAAAUUUCAAAAGCAUUGAAAAGAUUAAAAAAUGGGACGUCAGGAGGUAUAGGUGGCAUAACAGCUGAGAUACUAAAAGCAGAUUCAAUAACAACCACCAAGUAUUUACAUAAACUGUACAAUAUGAUAUGGAUUGGAGAUAAAAUACCAAAAGAUUGGAAUAAAGGUGUGAUAGUUAAAAUAGUAAAGAAAGGAGAUAGAACAUGCUGCGACAACUACAGAGGCAUAACACUACUCUCUGUGCCAAGUAAGGUAUUCACUAAGAUCAUCAUCCAAAGAAUACAAGAAGGAAUAGAUGAAGAACUGAGACAAGAACAAGCUGGCUUCAGAAGGGGUAAAAGCACUACAGAACAACUUUUCACAUUAAGAAACAUUAUUGAACAAUGUUCAGAAUGGAAUGCUCCUUUAUACAUCAACUUUGUAGCCUUUAAAAGGCGUUUGACUCCAUCCACAGGGAAAGCUUAUGGUCCAUCUUAA